UUCGACUCUUUCAGUAUUGGGGGAACCGUCAUCUGAAACACAAGUGCGUCACUGCAACUGCCGCCAAGGCGAGAAAGCCAGUUUAAGAUAGAAAGCUCAACACACGCAAACCGGAGUGAUAAUGGGUUGGUGGAGCAAGAAAAGCGAGACAGAUCGCAGCCAACCCAGCCAGGCACUAGUGGUGCAGGACCCGCGCACAAGCGUCAAAACCACGAGUGCAGCCACGGAGACAACCAACACUGCCGUGCAGAACUCGACCAUAACGGACACCAACAAGCAGACGGUUACCUUUCUUACCACCCGUCAGACAGUGACGCACACGCAGCGGGCGCUGAUCACGGAAACGACAACGCGACGUACGCCCAGUCAGGCCGAGUUAGAGGCUCUCUUCGCACAGAUGAGAAUGGGCGGCGAGGGACCCAUUGGCUCCACCACCACGACAACCAGCUCCUCGCGCUCCCGACCGCCCAGUUUGAACGGCGUCUCCUUUCGCUCCACACAGCCCUUCAAGGCCACGGCAAGCAGUGCCAACAAACGAUCAAGCACCUUAGUCAAUACCGAGCAGACGACAGUGACCAAAAAAAAAGGACACACGGUCACCCAGCACCUGGAGACUCAUCGAGUGGACCUAAAGGAAAGUCGCCCUAGGACCAACUGGCCGCCAUUUGCGUCCGCUGCAAACAGCUCGGCCUCCACCUACGUCUCACCUUAUGCUCAGAAUCCAAGCCUGGCCAUAACUUACACAUCUCCAUAUGCCAAGACCUCAAAAACCACUAGCUCCAAUCCCAGUUCCAGCUACGUUCCGAGUAUUUCCAGUAGUGCCAAUCCAUCAUCAUCUGUCUCCUCCAUUUCGAGCUUUUUCAAGCCCGCCCCUAAGGAUGUUAAAACACCGCACACCUCUACUGCAACUCCCAAACCCUACAUUAGUCUGGGAUUAUCAGGAGGCACCAAGCCAAAGGUCACUGCCGUCGCACAAUCCCUAGAUGCCCAGGGCACGAGUUCAACGAGCCUGGGUACCUCGAAGUCGAGCCUGACCAAGAGUAAAUUAAAGCCCGCCCGGGUGUAUAUCUUCAACCACGAGCGGUUUGAUAACAAGAACGAAUUCAGAAAGGGCAGUGUCCAGGAUGUGAAGGUCUUGCGCGCCACAUUUGAGCAGCUGAAGUGCAAAGUGGAGGUCAUUACAGACGCAACCCUGGCCACCAUUAAAAAAACAGUGCGAAUGUUGGAAACCAAGGAUUUUGAGGACAAAAGCGCUCUCGUCCUCGUAAUGCUCAGUCAUGGGACCCGCCACGACCGACUUGCAGCAAAGGAUAACGACUACUCCUUAGACUAUGACGUUGUUUUUCCCAUACUGCGCAAUCGUACGCUUAAAGACAAGCCCAAGCUACUUUUCGUUCAGGCUUGCAAGGGCGCUAACGAACUAGGGGGAUUUAUGACCGAUGCCGCCCAGCCCAAUGGGUCUCCAAAUGAGAUCCUCAAGUGCUAUAGCACAUACGAGGGAUAUGUAUCUUACCGCACGGAGGACGGAACUCCUUUUAUUCAGACACUGUGUGAGGCUCUCAAUCGAUCGGGGAAGACUUCAGACAUCGACACCAUAAUGACGACUGUGCGACGAGUGGUUAAAAUGCAAACCAAAGACGGCCAAAUUCCAUCUGUUACUAGCACCCUUACCUCUAAGUACGUUUUUGGCGAUUACAUCUGAUCAUAUAUCACAUUUACAAAAAUUAAAUUUUUGUAUUCCAAACGAAUGCAAUAUUUGUAAAAAUUCGUUAACAUUUUUAAAUAUAUUUUAAAUCUACAUAUGUACAUAUAUGUAAGUUAUCCAAGCCGCAAACAUAGCACUCUAUCACAGUUUAUAAACAAAUUUCAAAUUUCAAUCUCGGCGGCAUUUCCUUUGUCUUUGUUUUUGUCAUUGCCUAAACUUAGCUACCCGCUGAGAUAAAUAACCAAACUUUAAGAAACCCAGCUUCCGCUUGAAGACCAAACCAUGGUUAACUUAUUGCGCUUCAAUCCAACUGCAUCGGUCAGCAUAAUUGAAUUUUACAAUGCAGUGAAAAAUUUUCGGCAUCAAGCUUUUAUUUUAAACAUUAUUGAAAGCUCAAGAAGUUUCCAAAGAAAAGCUGUUAACCGAGGUUGAUUGGAUCAGGAUUGAGAAUUAUGAGAGGAGUCAGUCGGUUUCGUGAACGGAUCGUGAACGGUCUCAGAUAAAAUCAAAAGUAGAUAUUAGUGUAUUGUAAUAUUGUUUCAGUGAAAAAGUUUAUCACCAAUAAAUUUACUAAAAUAUUCAAAUAAAAAAAAUUAUUUUUAAAAAUUUA